CAAAACUUCUUGAUAAAGCCCUUCAUCUUACCUUAGCUUCUAUAAACUUACUUCGUACACGCCUCAUUUCUGAACUCUCCUUCCUCUCGUGUAUGGACAUAUCAGGAUCGAAUAACUCGAUCCUAAAUCCUGUUGCUGAACCUACUCGAAACCCUCGGCAACCACGACAGCCUAACCGCCAUAAACCGCGUCCAAGCACGGGAGACGCCACAGCCGGAGUAUCCAGUACUCCCGAUAACCAUGCAGGAAAGCCAGCUCCACGUAGAUGGCCUCCAAGACGACAUAAUAAACGUCCGGAUGGGAGCGGGCCUGAUACUUCUCGAAAGGGAGAAAACGAUUUAGGGAAGGGAAGAGGGCCUUCAGAAUCUCGUUUUCAGGUUUCUGAAGAGAAGGAUCAGGCGGCGGUAAAGCGCCCACCCGGGCAAGGUCGUCGUAAAGGCCAAUUUGGAGGGGAACUCACUACACCCAACGACACAACUCCAACUGCUACCUCAUCCUCUAAACCCCGACGAGAACGCUAUCGUAGGGAUCCUGAUCCAAAAGAGGACGAUUUGACUUCUAAUCUCAUUCGUGCUCUCCGGAAUCCACCAUAUGCGGAUUGCCCGAUUUGCUUCAGUUCUAUUCACCCUCCUCAACCGACAUGGAGUUGCUCUCCUCUUACUCCAAUCAUUGCAGAAGAAAAAGCUGAACGGAAGGAUGUUGAGGACUCGGAGCCUCAGUAUUGCUGGACAACUUUUCAUUUGAAAUGUAUACGAUCAUGGUCAGAGAAGAGCUAUAACGAUGUGAAGGCCGCAUGGAGAGCGAGAGGUGAAGAGGACAGAGGUGGGGAGUGGAGAUGUCCUGGGUGUCAAGGAAGGAGAAAUACUUUGACGAACGGUUACUGGUGUUUCUGUGGCUCGACGCCCCAGCCCAACAACCGACUUGCGACACCUCAUUCUUGUGGUAACCCAUGCUCACGUCCUCGACACUCAUGUUCACACCCCUGUUCGCUCUUAUGCCAUCCUGGACCGUGUCCUCCUUGUAAAGUGACCUUGGAAACUGUUUGUGGAUGUAUCCGACAACAAGUUCUCGUCGUCAAAUGCGGUGAAAAUAAGGAUCAACACGGAAGAACGAAGGAAACGAGCGUCUCAUGUGGAGGAACCUGCUUGAAAACGUUGAAUUGCGGAAAGCAUCAAUGUCAGCAGAAAUGUCAUUUAGGCGAGUGUCUACCGUGCGGAGAGGAGGAAGUUAUCACUUGUUGGUGUGGCAAGCAGAGCAGGGAGGGAAAAUGCGGAGAAGGCGACAUUUGGCAGGGUGAAGCAGUUGAUGAAGACACCAACAGCAAAAGUGCGAGAGGCUUCGAUUGCGGGAAUUUAUGCGGGAAACUCUAUGAUUGCGGAAUUCAUGCCUGCGACAAAGUUUGCCAUCCAUCCAGUGGUCAAUACAAUCACUGUCCCUUAUCCCCUGACCGUGUCCAGACAUGUCCAUGUGGGAAGAAGCCCAUCGCUGGUCGAGUGAAAUGUACCGAUCCAAUACCCACUUGCGGUGAACCAUGUCAGAAACCGCAUGUCAAGGAGGGGGUCCCGCAAUGCGAACAUCCGUGUCAGAGCCUUUGUCAUGCAGGACCAUGUCCACCGUGCACAGUGGCGAUUAUUCGACCCUGUCGAUGCGGCAGUACCACGAAGACCGUCAAAUGCGGCGAUUUAUGGGCUACCGACCGCCAAGACACCGAGAAAGGAAAGGAGAAGGAAGUUUUAUGCGACAAACCUUGUUCACUACUUCGUGCUUGUGGGAGACACCGAUGUAACCGCGUCUGUUGUCCGAUGGCAUCGUUUACCGCGCCUAAGAGUAAAGGCAAAAAGAAGGCUAGCGUCGCCGAAGAGGUGUUGGACGACGCUCUCAGGACUUUACACGAAUGUGACCUAGUUUGCGGGAAGACUCUAACGUGUGGAAACCACAAAUGCGAAGAGAGGGAUCACAGAGGACCUUGUAAACCCUGUUUGAGGAGCUCAUUCGAGGAGCUGAUAUGUACCUGUGGGAAAACCGUACUCGAACCUCCCGUCCCUUGUGGAACGCGCGUCCAAUGCUCGUUCCCGUGUUCUCAACCGCCGCCUCCCUGUGGUCAUCAAAAGGCACCUCACACAUGUCAUCCGGAAGAUAUUCCAUGUCCCCCUUGUCCGUUUUUGACGACCAAGAGAUGUGCGUGCGGUAAGAAGGAGAUAGGAAAUGUAAAGUGCUCGCUAGGCAGGGAGAAAGUCGGAUGUGGUACUUCAUGCGGAAAACUCUUGGGAUGUGGGUUCCAUCGCUGUGACCGUUUGUGCCAUGCCGGUGAUUGUGGAUCGUGUGCAUCAAUGUGCGGCAAGUCCAGAAAGUUAUGUCUACCCGAACAACACCCGUGCACGUUACUCUGUCAUGCUCCCGCUUCCUGUCCCGAAGAAGAACCUUGCCAAUCUCUCGUUGAUGUCACUUGUCCUUGUGGGCGAAUUCGUCAACCCGUGCAUUGUGGAAAGAGUACUCUCAGUCCAAACGGAUCAAGUAGACUACGGCAACCACUGAAAUGUACCACCGAGUGUGGUGUUGCUCAGAGAAAUGCUCGGUUAGCGGAUGCGUUGGGAAUCAAAACGGAGGGUCGAGGUGUGUCUAGCAACGCUACCACAUAUAAUGAAGAGUUGGUUUCGUUUGCAAAGGCGAAUACGAGGUUCUUGUUGGUUGUGGAGAGCGCAUUUACUGAAUUCAUAAAUUCCGCGAAGAGGACCCAAGUUCUUCCCCAUAUGCCACCCGAGAGGAGGAAGUUCGUGAAUGACUUGGCUCAGGUUUAUCGCCUCGAUACACAGAUGGUCGAUCAAGAACCUCAUCGCAGUGUUCAAAUAAUCCGCCGAAUUGAUACUCGGAUUCCUCAACCCCUUCUCUCAGCCCACAUCGCAUCUUCUGCUCCAUCUGGCGCCAGUCUAGGAAAACUCGGAGAUCUUCGAGCGGGUACUGUUACUUCGUUGCGUAAACCAAGCUCGUCUGGUGGUGGUAACAGUUCCGUCACUCCUACCUCCUCGUCGACGACAAAAGGGUGGACAUCGGUUGUCUCUCGUUCUGCUCAGGCACCCACCACUUCCAACGCAGGUGUAGUUCGUUCAAUGCCCACUCCUCCCGCUGUUUUCGGAGGUCCUGUUCGUAUUACACAACUUGCGAGUCGAGCCGCCACUCCUCCUGCCGGUACAAGUCAGACUCAGACUCAGAGGAGUGUUGGUAGCGUUAACGUUUUGGUACCUGUGCAGCCGACUGCUGUUGAUACUGGACCCGUACCGGAUAGCUGGGAAGAUGAUGCUUGA